CUCACAUGCUAGAAAACUAACGCUAAAGCUUCCAACGUUUUAAUGACGUUUUAAUAAAACAGGUUACAGAAUGAGUGGAGUUGUGAUGGAAAAGGACGCGCGGGUGAAGAAGACGGCAGCGCCAUCAGUCACCCAGAUUAAUGCAGAAUAUGUUACACAGCUCGCAAAUAAAUAUUGGGCUCCCCAUGUCAAGAAUAAGCUGCCGUUUGAUUCUAAGGUCGUUGAAGAUGUCUAUCAGAAUGAGAUUGUCAAUUCAAAGUUUGCAAUCAGAAAAAUCAUGUUGUUGGAAUUUAGUCAGUACCUUGAGAAUUACUUGUGGGUCAACUACAGCCCGGAAGUGUCCAGUAACAGUUAUCUAAUGUCCAUCUGCUGUAUAGUCAAUGAGAAGUUCAGAGAGAAUGUUCCUGCCUGGGAGGUUUUUAAGAAGGCGCCCCAACAUUUCCCCUACUUUUUUAAGUGUGUAAUGGAAUCUUGUUUACAAGGGGAGAAUCUUGGCCUGUCAUUGCGAGAAGAGACCAUUUUACUACUCUUCCUUGAUCACUGUUUUAACAGUCUGGAAGUGGAUCUUAUUCGAGAACAGGUACAGCAGCUCAUAUCUCUGCCCAUGUGGAUGUGUCUCCUCCCGUCAAGACUCCAGCAUGAGCUGAAAAAAGUACCCAAGCUGCAGAAGUUCUGGAACCUCAUAAAGAAGAAUUUUGAGAAAAUGGAUUUGCUGGCUGCAGAGCAAGCCAAAAGGGAACGUACCUUUCUCUCCGCACUCAUAAAGAAAUUUCUUGCUGUGUUGAUGUCUGUUCCAGGAUCAGGUCCAAUUCCUAUGGAGAAGGUUCACUACUGCGAGAGAUUUAUCGAACUUGUGAUUGAUCUUGAGGCUCUUCUCCCCACGCGGCGCUGGUUCAACACUGUGCUGGAUGACUCUCACCUGGUGGUCAGCUGCCACCUGUCCAGUCUCACAAAGAGAGAGAAAGAAGGUCACCUCUUCUGCCAGCUGUUGGACAUGUUAAAAUUCUACACUGGCUUUGAAAUCAAUGAUCAGACCGGAAAUGCUCUGACACAGAAAGAGAUGACCACUCUCCACUAUGACAGAAUAACUUCUCUUCAGAGAGCCGCGUUCGCACACUUUCCUGAGCUUCAGGAUUUUGCUCUUUCUAACGUAGCAGCAGUGGACACUCGACAGUCACUCACCAAACACUUCGGUUAUCUCAGUCCGAAUACCCUCCACCGGGUGGCAUCUUAUCUGUGCCUUUUGCCUGAGCUUCCUAAGGGGGAAGACACAACCUAUGACAAAGAGAUAAUUUUGGAGCUUCUGGUGUCACGCCAUGAACGUCGAAUCUCUCAGAUUGAGCAACUUAAUCAAAUGCCUCUUUAUCCAACUGAGAAGAUAAUCUGGGAUGAGAACAUUGUCCCCACAGAGUACUAUUCCGGAGAAGGCUGCUUAGCUUUGCCAAAGCUUAAUUUGCAGUUCCUGACCCUCCAUGAUUACCUGUUAAGAAACUUUAACCUCUUUCGUCUGGAGUCAACCUAUGAGAUCAGACAGGACAUUGAAGAUGUGGUGUUACGGAUGAAGCCAUGGGAGUCUGAGUAUGGUGGAGUAGUGUUUGGUGGGUGGGCCAGAAUGGCACAGACCCUCAUGUCCUUCUCCAUUGUUGAAGUGGCCAAGCCUAAAAUCGGAGAGAACUGGCCUGCUCGAGUGCGUGCUGAUGUUACAGUGAAUCUCAAUGUACAGGGUCACAUCAAAACUGAAUGGGAAGGUUUGCGGAAGCACGAUGUUUGCUUUCUUAUCACGGUGCGACCGACCCUGCCUUACGGCACUCGGUUUGACAGACGCCAGCCUAUUGCGGAUCAAGUGGGUCUGGUGUACGUGAGGGGCUGUGAGGUACAAGGCAUGCUGGAUGAUAAAGGCCGGGUCAUUGAGGAAGGUCCUGAUCCGAAGCCCAAACUAAAAGGUGAUGCAAGGACAUUUCGUGUGUGGCUGGAUCCCAAUCAAUAUCAGCAGGACAUGACCAACAGCAUUCAGACUGGCGCUGAGGACCCCUAUGAGACUUUUAACGUCAUCAUGAGACGCAAGCCCAAAGAGAACAACUUCAAGGCUGUGCUGGAGACUAUACGUCACCUAAUGAAUACUGAGUGUGUCGUUCCUGACUGGCUUCAUGACAUCAUCCUGGGUUACGGUGACCCCGGGAGUGCCCAUUACUCCAAGAUGCCCAAUCAGAUCUCCACCCUUGACUUCAAUGAUACCUUCCUGUCUAUUGAUCAUCUUAAGUCCUGUUUUCCUGGUUACACAGUGAAGGUCACAGAAGAAGACCCAGCCAAACAGGUCCCUCCAUUCAGGAUCACAUUCCCAGUACAAAAUGUAAAGGGGAAGAAGCGGAAAGCAGAUGAAGAUGAGCAGAAGGAAGAAGACAAUGUACUGAAAGUGGAGCCCCACGUAACUCCAAACCGGGGACCUUAUCCCUACAACCAGCCCAAACGGAAUAACAUUCUCUUUACUCCGACUCAGAUUGAAGCUAUUCGUGCAGGCAUGCAGCCUGGUCUCACCAUGGUUGUGGGUCCCCCAGGAACAGGCAAAACAGAUGUAGCUGUGCAGAUUAUCUCCAACCUGUAUCACAACUUCCCUGAGCAGAGGACUCUCAUUGUGACUCAUUCCAAUCAGGCGCUGAACCAGCUGUUUGAAAAGAUUAUGGCCCUGGAUAUUGACGAGCGACACCUCCUUCGUCUGGGCCAUGGUGAGGAGGCGCUGGAGACAGAAAAGGAUUUUAGCAGGUAUGGAAGAGUGAACUAUGUUCUGGCACGGAGGUUAGAACUGCUAAGGGAGGUGGCACGCCUGCAGGAGAGUCUCGGCGUUCCUGGUGAUGUGUCAUACACCUGUGAAACGGCUGGUCAUUUCUACCUUUAUCAGGUGAUGUCUCGCUGGGAAGAGUACAUGAGCAAGGUCAAGCCUAAACCAGCCCGGGAUACGAGCGUGCAGGACGUGGCUGAACACUUUCCUUUCCAUAAGUACUUCUCAAACGCUCCUCAGCCUGUGUUUAAAGGUCAGAGUUACGAGGAGAACAUGGACAUAGCAGAGGGUUGCUACCGCCACAUCCGCAAGAUCUUCACACAGCUUGAAGAAUUCAGGGCGUUUGAGCUGUUACGGAGUGGGCUGGACAGAUCAAAGUACCUGCUAGUUAAAGAGGCUAAGAUCAUCGCCAUGACCUGUACGCAUGCUGCUCUCAAACGGCAUGACCUCGUCGAGCUUGGUUUUAAGUAUGAUAACAUCCUGAUGGAAGAAGCAGCUCAGAUCCUGGAGAUUGAAACCUUCAUUCCACUUCUACUACAGAAUCCAGAGGAUGGCUACAGUCGGCUGAAACGCUGGAUAAUGAUUGGUGAUCAUCACCAGCUUCCUCCUGUCAUUAAAAACAUGGCCUUCCAGAAAUACUCCAACAUGGAGCAGUCUCUAUUCACACGCUUUGUGCGUCUGGGGGUGCCCACAGUGGACCUGGAUGCUCAGGGCAGGGCCCGUGCCAGUUUGUGUAAUCUGUAUAACUGGCGCUAUAAGAAGCUUGGGAACCUACCUCAUGUUCAGAGCCAACCUGAGUUUCAGGCACCCAACCCAGGCCUGACCUACGACUUCCAGCUCAUCAACGUUGAGGAUUUUAAUGGAAUUGGAGAGUCUGAACCUAAUCCAUACUUCUACCAGAACCUGGCUGAGGCAGAAUAUUCCGUGGCUCUGUUCAUGUACAUGCGACUGUUGGGUUACCCGGCAGACCGCAUCAGCAUCCUCACCACCUACAACGGCCAGAAACACCUCAUCAGAGACGUCAUCAACCAGCGGUGUGCCAACAAUGCCUUUUUCGGCCAGCCCAGCAAAGUGACAACAGUGGACAGAUUCCAAGGUCAGCAGAAUGACUACAUCAUCCUCUCAUUGGUGCGCACCAAAGCUGUGGGACACUUGAGAGAUGUUCGCCGCUUAGUGGUAGCCAUGUCCAGAGCCAGACUGGGUCUGUACAUUUUUGCUCGGGUCUCACUCUUCCAAAACUGCUUUGAGCUGACACCUGCCUUCAACCAGCUUACUGCACGGCCCCUGCAGCUGCACAUCCGGCCCCAAGAGUACUACACUUCAACUGAGCAGCGCUCAGCAGAGCCAGAUCAGGUGAUAAAAGACAUGCCUGAGAUGACGAACCUAGUCUACAACAUGUACAUGCACAUGAUCCAACGCACACAGCAACACAGACAGCAGCAGCAGGGACUUCUCCCUCCUCCUCAGCAGGUGAAAAAAGCAGUGGAGUCUGAUAUCACUAUGGAGGAGGAAGAAACAGCAAUGCAUGAAGAAAGUGAGACGAAAGGCCAGACUGAAGCUGAGAAAGAGUCUGAGAUGCAGCAAGAGUCUGGUGUUGAAGAGCAGCACACAGAUGAACAUGUUAAAAUGCCGGAGCAUCCAGGCAGAGAUAGUGACAGUGGGGACAGUGAUGAGGAAGAAACUUAAAGACUCAGCAUAGGGUCCACACCACCAUUUCUGAUUUUGUUUAAUUUAGACCAUUAUUCCAUCUUGAUCUGUAGAAAUGGAAAGCCACGAAAUAUUUCAUUUGUAAGAAGAAUUUUGUAACACAUUUUUUGUAAUAAAAUGAAACUUCUGUGAUCUUUAAUUAAAGAAACUUAUUUUAGUCCUUAAAUUCCUAUAUUAUGACAGGAACUUG